UUGGCAGCGCGACUAUAAAUACAAGGACACAAACUGCUGUAAUCAUUCUGGAGAUUUAGUUUAUCAAACAGUAAACAUGCCUGAUGCAGUCGGAGCGAAGUCAGCGCCCAAGAAGGGUUCAAAGAAAGCCGUCACCAAGGUGACCAGCAAGACUGGCAAAAAAAGGAGAAAGACCAGGAAGGAGAGCUACGGCAUCUACGUCUACAAGGUCCUGAAGCAGGUCCACCCCGACACCGGUAUCUCCUCCAAGGCUAUGAGCAUCAUGAAUUCAUUCGUAAGUGACAUCUUCGAGCGCAUCGCCUCCGAGGCUUCCCGCCUGGCCCAUUACAACAAGCGCUCCACCAUCACCUCCAGGGAGAUCCAGACCGCUGUCCGCCUGCUGCUGCCCGGUGAGCUGGCCAAGCACGCCGUGUCUGAGGGAACCAAGGCCGUCACCAAGUACACCAGCUCUAAGUAAGCUGUCGUCAGCUCCUUCAAUCCAAACCAACGGCUCUUUUAAGAGCCACCCACU